GAAUUCCCGGGACGCGGCUGUCUAGCGGAGAAAACUGUGUGGCCUUAGGUCGCCGUAGCCCCAGCUGCGGUGGGCUCACCUCAUCCUGCCCCGGCUGUGAUGCAUCCGCGGCGCCCAGAGGGAUUCGAUGGCUUGGGCUAUCGGGGUGGUGCCCGGGACGAGCAGGGCUUUGGAGUCGCUUUCCCUGCAAGGUCCUUCAGCUCCGGGUCGGACCUAGGCCAUUGGGUGACGACUCCCCCAGACAUCCCGGGCAGCCGCAACCUGCACUGGGCUGAGAAGAGCCCGCCCUACGGCGUGCCCUCCCCCUCCACCCCGUACGAGGGCCCGGCUGAGGAAACCUUUCCCGGCGGCGGCGGCGGCGGCGUGCAGGCACAGAGCAGUGAACAGUUGAAUAGAUUUGCUGGCUUUGGUAUUGGACUUGCAAGUCUCUUCACAGAAAAUGUACUGGCUCAUCCUUGCAUAGUUCUACGCCGCCAAUGUCAGGUUAAUUACCAUGCUCGGCAUUAUCAUCUCACUCCAUUUACAGUCAUCAACAUUAUGUACAGCUUCAACAAAACUCAGGGACCCAGAGCCCUCUGGAAAGGAAUGGGAAGUACAUUCAUUGUCCAAGGAGUCACACUUGGAGCAGAAGGCAUAAUUAGUGAAUUCACACCUUUGCCAAGGGAGGUUUCACACAAAUGGAAUCCUAAACAAAUAGGUGAACACCUUCUAUUGAAAGCCCUAACUUAUAUUGUGGCAAUGCCUUUUUAUUCAGCAAGUCUAAUUGAAACAGUCCAGAGUGAGAUAAUUCGAGACAAUGCUGGCAUUUUGGAAUGUGUGAAAGAAGGAAUCGGAAGGGUGAUAGGCUUGGGAGUGCCUCAUAGCAAACGACUCCUUCCUCUUCUUUCCUUGAUCUUCCCUACGGUGCUGCAUGGAGUUCUUCACUACAUCAUCAGCUCAAUCAUUCAGAAGUUUGUCCUACUAAUUCUAAAGAGAAAGACUUACAAUAGCCACCUAGCUGAGAGCAGUAGCCCUGUGCAGAGUAUGUUGGAUGCUUAUUUUCCAGAACUUAUUGCUAACUUUGCUGCCAGUCUUUGCUCUGAUGUUAUUCUCUUUCCACUGGAAACAGUUUUGCACCGCCUUCACAUUCAAGGAACACGCACAAUAAUUGACAAUACAGACCUUGGCUAUGAAGUGCUUCCAAUUAAUACACAGUAUGAGGGAAUGAGAGACUGUAUCAAUACUAUAAAGCAGGAGGAAGGAGUCCUUGGUUUUUAUAAAGGGUUUGGUGCUGUUAUAAUACAGUACACAUUACAUGCAGCUGUCUUACAGAUUACCAAAAUUAUUUACUCUACACUUCUUCAAAAUAGCAUUUGAAAUAUCUAUCACUGGUUAGUCCAGAUGUAAUCUGGAUAAUUUGCUAUGAAAUUUAUAAAGGAUAAAAGUGAAGUACUGGGGGGAAAAAUGGAUUAGAAAGUGAAACUGGUAGAAAAGGUCUGUACUGAUUGUAUUGGCUCUUCUUUUAAAAAAAAAUUUCAAGUUUAAAAGCUCAAUAGAACUAACACCUAAGAAUAAAAUUUUAGCUAGUGCAGCACUAGUAAACUGAACUAAAAAUUAGCAGCUGAAGUAAAAAUGAUACUAAGAGAAAGCAAAAAAUUGUCAUCAAAUAUAAAAUGAAGUUUCAUUGAGUUGAAUCUGUUUUAUCUGACCUUAAUAUUUGCUAUAGUUAUUUCAUCUUCUAGAUUGAUACUGGCAUAUUAUCCUUAAUGCAGUGGAACAUCACUGUAUCAGUGAAGUUUUACUUUUAAACAAAUAAAUUAUGUCACUUUUGAAAAAGGAUCAGAUUUGGCUGUCAGUAAGCAGACAUUGAGGGGUUUUAUGUUGCAUUACCUCUAACUAUUUUAAUGGUUGUAUAUGUGUAUUAUAUCUAUGUACAUAUAUAUAACUUGGAAUUUCCUUUAUCCUACAAAUUCUCCACUUGUAGAUCAGCUUGUUGCAUAAAAUGAAAUCAUACACUUUUUGCUUGAACACCAGAGUAAAACAUCAAAAAGCCAAGAUGCCCAAAGAUUUAAACAUUUAUAGCAUCUGUGACCACAUACAAAGCCAGCACUUCAAUGCCAGCCACUUAAAAUUUAUUAUACAUUUACAGGGUUCAGUUUGCUUAGUUAUGUGAAUUGUCAGUCUAUUUUUAGAGCCACACUUACAGAAAGUAUGUAAAAUAAUCAUGCAGCUAUUUCUGUUUCCAUAUUUAUAAAUUGUGUACUUAAAGAAACGUCAUUUGUCUUUCACUUCUGAGUAACUUAACUUAGAAGAGAUAAACUUCAGCUGAGGAUUUGUGUCUUUUGCCUAACAUAUACUCAUUAAAUAACACCUUCAUUUUAUUUUUCCUCUGUUUUUGCUUAAAGUGUCAUUCUCCAAACUAGAAAUACUUGAAGAGGAAAGCAAGAUAUCCUUAACAUUUUUUCUUUAAAUACAUUUGGGUGAAUAUUGAAGAAACAAACAAUUCAUGCAUUUUGUAUAGUUGGGGUGGAAUGUGGGGGAACAUUUCAACAAAUAAAAAAGAACAAUCAAUUUAAUUAAAAAGAAAAUUGUCCCUAACUUUAAUUUGGUGGGUUAGACUAUACAAUAAAGUGAUAUGCAUUUGACUGAUCCAUUAUUAAACAUUUUAAAGUUUCAUUCUUCAAGAAGAUGGUCACAGUUUUAUCAUGAACUGUUUAGUGCUCUGAAGGGCAGUGACUGCGGGGUUGUUUCCCACACAGAAUGCAUACCGGCUGACAUUUGUGUUACCUGUUAGCGUCACGGGGAUGGUUGGAACAAAAUAGUUAUAUGAAAAAAAUUGGAAAAGCAUCAUAAAAGUCACAACUAUGUUUACUAUGGUGUGCGUUUACUGUAAUAUGUUGUUUUCCAUUUUAAAAUUUAAAUUCCACUAAAAGGAAAAAUACAAUGAUCACACUGUAUAUUUAAGGGUAAUAUUUUAGAGUAUGGUUUAUUUUUGUCCAACAAUUGAGGUUUAAAUUGUUUUUAAUAUUUUUGAACUGCCAGAUAUUUCUUAGACGGUUAUAAUUUAUUCAAAUUUAUUCAUCCUUAUCCCCAUUUUUUUCCAUAAAGUUUAUUGGUACAUUUAAA